AUGGUACAUUAUCCCAGCGACGUGACAGCAAAGUUGGAGCUUGCAGCUGUAUCUGCUCUGGCUGCUUCUGCACCAAAUACGUCCAAGGGUGCUGCAUGGGCUUACGCUGCAAGAUUUGACAUUAGUCUGGAGACAGACCUUACUCAGCGCUUUCCUCAGCUGGAAGGUUUCGAUAUGGGCUUACCCUACAAACAACUCCAAAAUGCCAUGUCCAAGUGCCCAUCCAACAUGUUGGUGUAUUCAGGUGGUCCUGGUUCCGGCAAGACCACCUUCGCACUUAGCCUCGUCCGGUGCCUGGUCAAUGAUGACGACUUCAGAGCUGCUUGGACAGUACACAGCAACGAACUUUGCGAUGACGCGUGCGACAAACUUCACGAGAUUCUCAGAGGCACUGGCAAGAAGGUCUUCCGUGUCUACCCUAUAAAACGCAUGCUUGUAGCGCUCAAGGGUAAAUCGCGUAUUCAUGGCUCGAACCCUCUCCCGCAGAACCAGUUGUCGUCCUCUGCCGCAACUGCCGUCGCUAACCAUGUGCGCACCCUGGGAGCUGCUGAUGAAAAAGAUCAUCCGCUCACCCGUGCGGACUCGCUGGUUGUUUGCGCCAUGACGCUCGCUCAGGAUGACCAGGUUACCUUCAGUCGAUUUACUCGGCUGCGUGAACGUGCUUCCUUGAGCAAGGAGGAUGAAAAGACCCUGACUGAUAUUUGCUACGGACUCCUAUAUUUUGCACUGAAACAAGCCACAGUCAUUGUGGGCACUCCUGUUGCGUUGGGACAGAUCGCUCUCAAACGGAGCUCUGUUGGCAAGUGGCAACCUACAGCUAUCUUCGCCGACGACAUCGGUCGCAUGCCGGAAGCCCAAUUCUGGAUCCCUAUUGCCUUUCUCGAUGCGAAGUUCGUCGUAGCGACGGGCGACACUCGCUAUUUCAAGCCCAUGUCCAAGAGUUUCGACAACCACAACUGUGGACAGGAUGGCGCUAAAUGGCGUUCUACCUUUGGCCCCCAGCGGAUGAUGUCUUUCCUCCGACGCGUGGAGAAAGCUGGUGCUCUUGCUACGCACAUCUACACCAAUCGUCGCAAUAUUGGAGGGAUUGCAGAUUGGGCCAAGAAGAACAUCUACUCAGGAAACAUGAACAUCGCGCAUGGAAGCGGCUCUCUCGUUGACCUUUUCCGGAAUGAGUUCAACCGAAUUCUUCGCGCCAAGAGCAUCGUGAACUCUUUUAUCAUAGACAUCCGAGAAGGAGAAGAAAUUCGAAUGGGAACUAGCUAUACGAAUCAAGCGAACCGCAACUACACUUUUAGCCUUAUCUUCAAGAUGUUCAUCGCCGGGUUCCCUUCUACUCGUGACUUCUGUCAGCAGGGCACCGUCAUGGUCAUUGUUCCUUAUACCGCCCAGCUCUAUGAAUACAUCAAUGACUGGAAGGCUUACAACGUCAACGAUGCAAUGAGAUCUCGUGUCUUCUUCCGCACUGUAGAAGGUUCAAUGAGCGCCGAAGCAGACGUGGUCAUCUUCGACACUGUCCGCACUGUCCAGCUAGGCUUCGUUCCCAACGCGCAGCGAAUGGCGGUUGCUACCACUCGCGCACGUGGAUCAAUGGUUACUCUUCUUAGCACCAAGAACUGGGAAAAGGGAAAGGGCCGAGCAUCCAACACCUUCCGACAUAACCACAUGAUCAGCUAUUACAAUUACCAUGCCGACCGCCAAGCCGUUAUUGACACCUGUUUCCGCAAGAACGGAUGGAAAACAGUCUGUGGAAUCUGUGGCCUCCCUGACCAUGUCGACUCUGCUUGCACUUCAACCCGCAAUUGCAAAAAGUGCAAUGUGGUCCAUGCCGUACGCUUCUGCCCUCGAGGCUUCGAUGCUGUGGGCACGUACGAUCCUAACAGACGUUCCAAGCAGUAA